AAGUGAGUAUGGAUGAUUAUUUCUUUCGUACCUUGUUAUGGGGAGGAUUGGCCUACAUUGGCAUUUCCGGUUUAAGAUUGCUUUUUCGUGGAGAGAAGAAAGAAAGUAAUGCCUCUACGAGAGUACGAAUGUACAUAAAAGGAAGAGAAUGUGAUGCAGCAAAGGAGAGAAGUUUUGUCUGAAGUAUUGGCUUUUGUAAAUUUAAAAAUCCAAUCAAGAGUACAACCUUUUCAUUAGCUCCUACAUCACUCGACAUGGUUUCAAUGGCUGGAUGUAAUUUCUCACUACUUGUUUGAGAUUGAGAUUUGGGCAUUGACUUUUCUCGCCAUCAAUCAAUGAAGCAUAUAGUUAAGAUUUUGACGUUAUUGGUGGCCGUAUCAGCUCUGUGGAUUGGCCUCUUGCAGACAUCUAUAUUACCACAUGGCCAUACUUGGUUGCUACCCAUCUAUUUAAUUGUCUCCCUGGGAUGCUAUGGUCUAUUGAUGGUUGGAAUCGGUCUAAUGACAUUUCCAACUUGCCCUACAGAAGGACUGUUGCUACAGAAGGACAUAGAUGAGGCCAAAGAGUAUCUUAAGCAGAAAGGGGUUGACAUAAAUUCUAAUUGACAGAUUUUGCAAUCCUUUGCCUUCUCUCCUCUUUAUCAGAUUUCGGUUGGUUUGAUUACGGUGAACACUUCAUCCAUCUCAAAGGGCCUUUUUGAUAUGAAUCCUUAUGAAAGACAGUGAAUGUGGAUUCAUGUAUAGAACAGAAUUGUUCUUUAUAAUUCUGUCCGUUAGUAACAUAAUCUUUCAUUUAAACAUUAUGUCUGUUGAGUGUUGUCUGGAUUUUAAUCCUUAUGAAAGGCAGUGAAUGUGGAUUCAUGUAUAUUGUAUUUUUGGCCGACCAUUUCUCUUUGUGAAGAAAUAAGGGCCAUAUUCCUUUUUGUCUAUGCCUUUGGAGAGCCUAUCAGCAGCCUAUCUGUUCUGAUUAAUGUAUAUCUGUUGAAUGUUGUCUGGGUUGAAGAUCAAA